AUGUAUCCCCCUCGCCCGCAGACGGUUAUGAGCGGAACGACGCUCAACGAUCACGGGGAUGAGGAGGAGGAGGAGGGAUAUCAACUACGAAGAGCACAAUCGUUCCAACAAAAGCAAAGGGAACGUCCUGCACGCAAUGAAAGAGACACUUUCUACAGCAUUUGGCCGCCACCAUUACCACCACAGCGGUCUACAAUACCCGACAGUCUUAGAUACUUCCAGCAACCUUUUCUCUCCAAAAGACUCAUGGAAAUCACUGAUAGUUCCAUCUACGGCUACAAUCAGAUGAAAUAUGGUACUCCAGUACAGCGGGAGCCGGUGAAGCAGACUGGAAGUGGUGUACGGGGACCCCAAAGAUCAAAAAGUACUUUGUCCUACGUUGAAGACUACGAUUCUGAACAGCUCUUAUCGCCAAUCGAUGAGACACGAUCAGAACCGCCUCUUGAAAGUCUACAUCGAGGUGAUACCCCUCCUGGAGCCAAGUCCAGCCGCAGCAUUCAUGUUCAGAUCGACCCUCAACGCCCCCAAGAUAUUACAGUCCACUCAGAACUCGAUGCGACCGAUGAUCUGGAGGAAGACUUGGAAAUAUAUUCAAGGCUUGUGAGAUUGGGGCGAUUCAAAGCUGCUCGGAGGCACUUCGACAAUUGCCUAGUGCAUUUCAUCGAUAACUCAUACGUCUUGGAUCACUAUUGCUCAGCUCUUUUGGCAAUGUCGGAUUUUCACGCACUCUCUCAAAUUUCGGAAACUUUUGACUUGAAUCUUCGUCCAGGAACCGUCCGCGCCAGUAUUUUCAAACGUUUGUGUCGAGCUGAAACCUUCUGUGGGAUCAAUGCUCGAUCUGAGGGGCCAAAUCAAGUGGUGCCGAAGUGGACGGAUUGCGUGAAGACUAUGGGAGAACGCUGGCCUAAGCUGGACUCAACGGAACUCUCAGUAUUAUUGACUGGAUUUUCGACCGAAUUUGGCACCAACAACUUUUACUUUGGGUCCCUGAAACUCGCCGAGGUUUACCUACACCUAAGAGCAGAAGGUAGAAUUUGGGACUUCAAAGAUCUGCUACACGAGCUCUUGUUUGUGCAGCGAACUUCCGUUUGCAAAACACUGCAAGAGCUGCUUCAGUACCACGGCGCCGAGACCGAUGAAAACCUGAUCAGGCUGGUCAAGAAUAUCGAAGAAGACUGGGGCAUAACCAGGGCAGAUGAGGACUCGUCAUUUGCUCUGCUAGAUAUCUUCACAACACUAGCUCUCGCCUCUAUGAGCCGGGAUACGACUAUCACCAUGGUCAAAGAAAUCUUUCAAAUUGCCCAAACGCAUGCCCAGGAGAUAAUUGGAAUGAAACCCACCAACUCAAAGUCUCGCCCAUAUCUUCGCUGGAUCAUAACGAAAGUCUUGCUCGAGCAGUACGCCGAUCCGAAAAUUACCGGAUUCUUUGCCCUAUCGGUUCACCUCGAUAAACUAUCAGGAACGCGUUGGCGGCCUGAGUUGGCCGUACCCAUGGAUUUGAUGAUUCUGUACGCACCAGAUGAAGACGAAGCCCCCGAGUGGCAUCCUGACCCAUCCACUACCCGAGGGCACGACGGAGCUCUUCGAACGUGGGAGCACGAAAGGGCUAUCUUCAAACUCGCCUUUACAGUUAUAUCCCGGAAGCUUCUGCACUAUCCGGGAAUCGCGAGAGUAUUCGUCGGGAUAUUCUCCUCGCUGACGAAGUCUGCUCUGAAGGACCAGUACCGAAUGCACAGUACAUGA